GUCCAUAGGAGCAGGUAGAGCGCCCCCUGCAGGAGGAGGGUCAGCUCCACGACAACAGACUCCAGAGGAGAAGAACAUCUCCGCAUGUUCACUGAACCUCAAUGAAGUCAGACAGUGUUCUGCCGAGCCCGGAGAGACAUGGAGUGAUGACUGUUCUGCAGCUUGAAGAGACGUGUCGUGACUGGUGAAUGUGGUUUAUUAUAACUUAAGAGAAGUGAUGCACUACCAACGCAAACACACGGGAGAGAUGUGUCCCCGGGGGGAUGUUUACGAGGGCUACGUGCUUCACGUGGCGAGAGUCGCGUGUUGACGCGACUCUCUCCCCAAACGGCUCUGCCUCCUGCCUCAACGUAACUCCUCCAGCCAAUCAGAGGAGAGCGCGUCAUAGCGUGUGUCCGUUGAGCUCGCUGACGGAGUGUUUGUCUUCAGUCGGUUAUCGCGUUUAAAACACAAACGGUCUUUGAAACGGACUUUAUAAUCACUUAAUAUCCACAAGCUGUGAAUAAACUCAACGUCCGAUGCUGUGAAGUCUUUCUUACCGCCGCGGAACGUUUCACCGGCAUCCUCCACGCCGUUAGCUUUUAAACAAGCUAAGCUAGUUAGCUUCGCUCAUUAUCCAAGUUUAAAUAUAUAGAGGAACUAUUUUAUUCUCAAGUGAACUCCGCACAUGUGUUUGUGGUGAAACGUGUGGUUCGUGACCGGCUUCUGGUGGCGUUCAGUGCGGCUGGAGGGGUCAAUGUGACGUGGAGUCUGGCUCCAGGUGGACCCGCAUGACCCCAUGAAACACCUGCACGGCUCGUAGAUGCCUCCUCUGCUCAGCGACGUCACCUGCCAGUGCCAACCCGGCGAGACCGACCGAGGGACCCACCGAGGGACCGACCGAGGGACCGACCGAGGGACCGACCGAGGGACCCACCGAGGGACCGACCGAGGGACCCACCGAGGGACCGACCGAGGGACCCACCGAGGGACCGACCGAGGGACCCACCGAGGGACCGACCGAGAGACCGACCGAGGGACCCACCGAGGGACCGACCGAGGGACCGACCGAGAGACCGACCGAGAGACCCACCGAGGGACCGACCGAGGGACCCACCGAGGGACCGACCGAGGGACCGACCGAGGGACCCACCGAGGGACCGACCGAGGGACCCACCGAGGGACCCACCGAGGGACCCACCGAGGGACCGACCGAGGGACCCACCGAGGGACCGACCGAGGGACCCACCGAGGGACCGACCGAGGGACCCACCGAGGAACCGACCGAGGGACCGACCGAGGACCCACCGAGGGUCCGACCGAGGGACCCACCGAGGGACCGACGAGGACCGACCGAGGGACCCACCGAGGAACCGACCGAGAGACCGACCGAGGAACCGACCGAGAGACCGACCGAGGGACCCACCGAGGGACCGACCGAGGGACCCACCGAGGCGCUGGAGGUGGGCACGCCGAAGAACCCCCCUCAGGGGCCCCUUCAUCAGAACCCGUCUCUGCGGGUCGCCCCGCGGACCCCGGCCCGCCAGCGCGUCCAUGUGACACAUGCGGAGGCCCCGAGGAGCACCGGCUGAAGGGGCUGUUCCAGGUCCUGGAUGUGAACGGGGACGGAGGCAUCUGCGUCAACGACCUGAGCAUCGGGCUGAAGAGGCUCGGCGUGCAUCGCACGGAACACGAGCUCAUGUGUGAAUGA